GGACUCUUGUGGGGCAGUUGGCCGCUCUACUUGGUUCUCUCUGCUCGGAGCAACGACGCCUCAGACGACCCACCGGAGCCUCCGCCGACCCGCCCGGCAUGGCCAUGCAGCCGCUGCUCAAGGUCUACGGCGACCGCCGGUCGCAGCCCACCCGCGCCAUAAUCAUCUUCUGCAGGGUAAACCGGAUCGAUUUCGAGGAGGUCAAGGUGGAUCUGUUCAAGCGCGAGCACCUGUCGCCUGAGUUCAAGAAGAUAAACCCAAUGGGACAAGUGCCAGCAAUCGUUGACGGACGAUUCAGAUUGUUUGAAAGUCAUGCCAUUCUGAGGUAUCUUGCAACAGUGUUCCCUGGAGUUGCAGAUCACUGGUAUCCUGCAGACCUGUUUACCAGAGCCAAAAUUGAGGCCGUUUUGGAUUGGCAUCACACAAAUUUGCGUCGUGGUGCAGCAACAUACGUACUGAACACUGUGUUGGCUCCUUCUCUUGGACUUCCGUCAAGCCCUGAGGCUGCAAAAGAAGCAGAGAAAUUAUUGUUCCGGUCCCUGAGAUUGAUUGAAUCUAUGUGGCUCAAAGGUGAUGCGAAGUUCUUAAUGGGAAACCCUCAGCUAUCAAUUGCAGAUCUUAGCCUUGUUUGUGAGAUAAUGCAAUUGGAGGUGCUCGGUGAUACUGAACGCGACAGAAUUCUUGGACCUCAUGAGAAAAUCCGCAGUUGGAUUCAGAAUGUAAAGAAAGCCACAAGCCCUCACUUUGAGGAAGUCCAUGAGCUAAUUUUGAAGGCGAAGGAACAUACGGCUGCAAAGCUGAGAUCUGGGCCAAGCAUUGAUUUGAAGGCAGCAUCAAAACUCUGAGGCUACUAUCAUAUAUAGCAGCAGUGCCCACGCUGAACAGCAGGAAAGUAAUUAUGCAAGGAAAAAUGGUAUACUGUUUUUGAUAAAGGAAGCUUUGUUGAUUUUAAAAAAUUACAUCAAAGAUGAUGCAAUUACUCUAAGACCACUCCCACCCUCUGCAGGGAACGAAGAAACUGUUUUGAUCUAUUUCCACAUUUCUGUUAAGAUAAACAGUUCCAUGUAUAAACUAUUAUAUAUCUGUUGUAAAUUUUGGGCAAUGCACCUGACUGUUCCAACAUGUAACGUUACAUAUUUUUUUUUAGAUUAAAAAAACAGUGGCGUUUGAAGAUUUUACUCAAGAAGAGGGAUUGCAUAUACGUUU